CAAAAUUACAAGUGACUGUUUUUAGAUAACACGUUGAAUGUCUUGAUCAUUUUCAACUUACGAUGCAUUUUUAAGGGUAAUUUACAGUACGCCCGAAUAACAUUUAAUUUUACAAUCGUAACAGAUUUACUCAUUAAUAGGAAGCUGUUUUUUGCACCUCCUCCCCUUUUCUCUUACUAUGAUGGUCCGAGCGAGGAGAGCUCUGCAUAGAGGAAAUACAAUUAUUUAUAUUUUUACCGGAUUUCUGACUUGCAUUUCAGAGCAGGAUAUAUACUGCAGAGUUGGUUACACACACAGACUGUAAAUGGUUUAUGGCAGUGUAUUUGGAUGUCCAGAAGGACCACCAGAGGACUUCUUUCUGAGCAAAUUUCUUUGAAGAGUUCUUGGGAUAAGCAGUGACCCAGCAUGUCACUCUCAGAUCAUCGUAAGAUUUUUGUUGAACAGCAAAUGUCACACAAAUUCAAAGUGAAAGUGCUGAGAGCUGAAAAUGUAACAAAAGGACCUUUCGGAGAUCUGUUGGACACUCCAGAUCCAUAUGUGGAGCUGUUCAUCCCCACUUCCCCUGAGAGCAGGAAGAAAACAAAACAUAUCGACAAUGACAUCAAUCCAGAGUGGAAUGAGACCUUUGAAUUCAUCCUGGACCCCAACCAAGAAAAUGUGCUGGAGCUGACAUUAAUGGAUGCCAACUAUGUUGUGGAUGAAACAUUGGGUAUAGCCUCAUAUGCCAUCUCUAAACUCAAAGUUGGACAAACAGAAGUGGUAUCAUUCCUUAUAGGAAAAACGACCAAUGUGUACUGUCAGCUUUCUUUGGAGGAGUGCUCAGCAAUGGACCUUCGAUUUAGUCUGGAUCUGUGCCAUAAAGAAAAACUGUACAGACAACAACGGUGUGACAGAGUCAUGCUGAGUAUCAAGAAACUGCUACACAUGGAGAAACCUUCCUUACUCCCUUCUUCUGCCCAUGAGGUUCCAGUUAUAGCUGUACUUGGGUCUGGAGGAGGUUUCAGGGCCAUGGUUGGAUUCUCAGGGGUUAUGAAGGCUUUGUACGAGUCUGGAGUUCUGGACUGCGUCACCUAUGUUGCUGGUCUUUCUGGAUCCACUUGGUACAUGUCCACACUGUACUCCCACCCAGAAUUCCCCACCACAGGGCCGGAGCAGAUCAACAGUGAGCUGAUGAAUCGUGUCAACAGUAAUCCUCUCAAACUGCUUCUUCCCCAACACAUCACUAACUACGUACAUGCUCUGUGGAGCAAGAAGUCCACAGGACAGCCGGUUACCUUCACAGAUAUCUUUGGGAUGUUGAUCGGAGAGACGCUUAUUCCUGCUAGGAUGGACAACAAGUUGAGUGAUUUUCAGGAGAAGAUCAAUGAAGGCCAGGCUCCUCUGCCCUUGUUCACAUGCCUGCAUGUUAAACCAGAUGUGUCUGAGCUUAAGUUUGCAGAUUGGGUGGAGUUCAGUCCGUAUGAGAUCGGAAUGGCUAAAUAUGGCACCUUCAUGACACCUGACCUGUUUGGAAGCAAGUUUUUUAGAGGACAUGUGGUCAAGAAGCACAACGAGAACCCUCUUCACUUCCUUAUGGGUGUGUGGGGCAGCGCCUUUUCCAUUCUCUUCAAUAGAGUUCUUGGAAUGAAUGAUGUGACAAAAGGAUGCACCAUGGAGGAAGAACUAGAACAGAUCAGACCAGAACACAUUUUAGGGGAGGACAGUCUAGACAAUGAUGAGGACCCACGUAAAGAAGAAGAGCAACAGGCCAGCUGGAUGCAGCGUAUGGUGAGUUCUUUCUUCAGCGACUCUGUUCUUUUUAAAACCCGAGAAGGAAGAGCGGGGAAAGUUCACAACUUUAUGCUGGGCUUGAGCCUCAACAACGACGUGCCAUUUUCCCCAUUCAGUGAUCAUUUUAGCUAUAUGGACGAUGAGGUUGACGCUGUCACAGACCCCUUUGAGUUUGAUCGCAUCUACGAGCCGUUAGACGUGAAGAGCAGAAAAAUCCAUGUGGUGGACAGUGGCUUGACCUUUAACCUCCCUUUUCCGUUGAUCUUGAGACCUCAAAGGGGCAUCGACCUCAUCAUCUCCUUUGACUUCUCUGCUCGGCCAAGUGACUCUAGUCCUCCAUUUAAGGAACUCCUGCUGGCUGAGAAAUGGGCACGAAUGAAUAAUCUACCGUUUCCUAAGAUCGAUCCUAAGGUGUUUGAUCGGGAGGGUCUAAAAGAGUGUUAUGUCUUCAAGCCCAACAAAGGAGAAAGAAACUGCCCUACUGUCAUCCAUUUUGUCCUGGUCAAUAUCGACUUUAGGACGUUCAAAGCUCCAGGAGUUCCACGUACGACGGACAAAGAGAGAGAAUUAGCAGAUUUUGAUAUUUUUGAUGAUCCAGAGUCGCCCUUCUCCACUUUCAACUUCCAGUAUUCAAACCAAGCCUUCACCCAACUGCAUGAUCUUAUGGAAUUCAACACGCUUAACAAUAUAGAGGUCAUUAAAGAAGCAAUAAAGGACAGUAUCUUGUACAGGAAGGAGACUUCAUCUCGUUGCUCUGUCGCGCUUCCCCUCGGUAAAGUUCAAAACAAAAAACUCUAAAAGUGGGAGUCCACGGGACAAGCGUGUCAGUACGGGGGUGGAAUUUGAUGCUGUUCCAGCUACAGGAAGUUUACACUCAUCAUGGAAAACACUUUUUAAACUAAAAAUACCAGAAGAUCUGGUUUGGUCUUAAGGAGAGUCUCCAUGUAGCUCUUUUGAAGAUAAAGAAUGCUCUAUUUUACUUGUUUGCUGACAAAAAGGCUUAAAGAUUUCACAGUCUAAUUGUUCUCAGUGAGUUGUGGGGUUGUUGAAGUAACUCUUUAGGGUGUGUAAGGUGCCAAAAUUUCAGAGUAAAUCAUUUGUUACGUUCAAAACAUACAGUACUGUGCAAAAGUCUUAGGCCACCACCACCAGACUUGUUGUUUUAGAAGUUUUAAUGUCCAUCCAUAUUUAUUUUUCAAUCUAUUUUAUUAAGAUACAAACAGAAAAUACAGGAAAUAUGUACAAAAAAGUUUUUUUUUGAGCAGAAUUAAGUAAAAAGACAAAUUUCUUUAAAAUUAGAAAUUAGGAUUUAAUUUUAUUAAGGUUUAAGAAAUCCUGCAGUUUCUUGCUCUUGAUCAAGUUGAAGGGGAGUUUACCCUAAAUACUUGACACUUUUAUACAGUUUUUAAUACUACAUACACAUUUUCUGUAUUUUCUGGAUGUAUUCUAUUAAAGAGACUGAGAAACAAUUAUAUAUGAUCAAUAUACAAUUGCAAAAACAACAAAUCUAAUUCUGGCAUGGUGGCCUAAGACUUUCGCACAGUACUGUACAUCAUAUGUUUUUAAGUUGCAUAUACACAGUAUGGUCUAGUAUGUUUCUUUUCAUCUUAAAUACUUGUAAUGUACAUGGAAAUUUCUUCUCCAUUAUAGUAAUUUUAACAAUCCUAAGAAUGUUAUCGAAAGCACCUUUGGGCUUUUGGUGUGUUUGUUAAAUGGCAACUACAAAAACCACAUUGUAGGAAUCCCCUGGUCCCCAUCAAACAUUUGAUUGAAGCUUACGAAAUAAGGGAGUGGCUCAACAAAAAGACAACAUCCUGAGGGAUAAAACACGAGAUGAAACCUUGACAACCCCAAACUCUUACACACAUUUCUUACAUUUAAACAGGUUCCCCCCACACACCUCUGUUACGCUUUAGUUAUUUCUCACUGAGAUAUUUGCAUAAAUACAAUUUUGCAAAUAGUCAUAAUGAGUCAUAAAUACAAUGUUUUAUUCAGUAUUUUUUUUUUUAUUAAAGGUGUAGGGGUGCAAAGAAAUAUUAGCUAAGUAAUCCUAAAGCAGCUUUUUGAAGGCAGAAUCAAAUGAAUCUUUUCUUCCAGGUUUAUGUAUCUGAUUUGAAUGUCUCAUAUUUGGGAUCCCUAAGCAUAACUGACUUCCAACAUUUUUGUUUGCCUCACAAUUUUGUGUGCGUAUAAACUAACAAAAUGUUAAGAUAAUGAAUCCUGUUAGGACCUGAAUCAGAUUUUUAAAUGAUUUUGUGAGCAAAGCUAUUUGUAAUUUGUGUUUACGUACUUAGAAUCAAAUAUUUAUUACUAACCAUUAUGUUAAUAAAGUAUUACAUUUUAUUUAAAUUAA